AUGGAAGCUUUAAGCGGCUCUGGUUUGGAAGAUCAGAAAAUUGACCUCAAUUCUGGUGCAGAUGGGGAAUGGAAUUUAGACAUGGAGGAAGACAUGGAUAUAACAGAAGAUGAUUUCAGAAAUGUGUCUGGCCAGUUUUCAGGAACAUCGGCAGUGGAGGUUAGGGAUGCUGUCAAUGUGAGUGUCGAAAGCAAGAGAGUGGAUGUUAGUUCUAAAUCUGGUGUAAAGAGAGCCAGAACAAUCUCUCAGGAACAGCAACCAUCGGUCCAUGUUACUUAUAAACACUUAACAAGAGCUAGUAAGCAGAAGAUGGAAAGUUUAUUACAGCAAUGGGCAGAAUGGGAGGCAGAGCAAAAUGCUUUGUCCCAGGAUCAGGAUCAAGAUCAAGAACAAGGACUUGAGUCUGGCGAUAAGACAUAUUUCCCUGCUUUGCGUGUGGGAUUGCAGAAGACAUCAUCUGUGUCGUUCUGGUUCGACUACCGAACCGGUCGCAAUUCAUUGAAAGAGUUUGUUCCAGUGGAAAGUAUCACUACUCCUCUUUAUAACCGUGGAUUCUCAUUUGGUUUAGAUUCAGCCAAUGGCUCAAGUAACUCGGAAGGAGGCCUAGAGAUUACUGAUGAUCCUCCACGUUGCUUCAACUGCGGCGCUUACAGUCAUUCCAUGAGAGAAUGUCCAAAGCCAUUUGAUAGAGCAGCGGUUAGUACUGCGCGUAGGCAACAUAAAAGCAAGAGAAACCAGACUCCUGGUUCUCGUUUACCGUCUCGUUAUUAUCAGAGUCCUCAAGGUGGAAAAUAUGAUGGCUUGAAGCCUGGCUCAAUUGAUUCAGAGACAAGACAGCUUCUUGGUUUAGGGGAACUUGACCCUCCUCCAUGGCUUCACAGAAUGCGAGAGCUUGGAUAUCCACCUGGAUAUUUAACUGUAGAAGAAGACGAUCAUCUCUCUGGAAUCACUAUAUUUGGAGAGGAAGAAGAGACUAAACCAGAAGAAGUAGCAAAGACUGAGGAAGGUGAGAUCUUGGAAGAAGCAGCAAGCAUUCAAGAGCCGGAAAAGAAAAUGACAGUUGAGUUUCCGGGGAUUAACGCACCAAUACCGGAGAACGCAGAUGUUUUGUUAUGGCAAGAGAGGAAACACUCAGGUAAUGCUGCUUACUAUCAUGAUCUUCUCCAUCAUCAACCUCGAGAUCAGUAUAGAAGCGAAAUGGUUCUUCUCCAACAUUGUAAAAACAUGUCAUUUAUAUAUUGUUCUUCAUAA